AUGCGAAAUAUUGAGAUAGAUGCAUUAUCUAGCAUGAUAUACUUUGAGAUAUUGAUCAGGAGCAGAUGCUCAAUCGAACUAAGCACCAAAGAGGUCGAGGGAAAUCUAUAUUGGGCCCUCAAAGGAGUAAUCGGAAGCCAAUUUCAGAAGCAUCAUGAGCCCUCGAGUAUAUCAUGUGGCUCUAACUAUACGGGUAUGACCGGAAGUCAGGCACUAUGGCUCUCAGAUAUAGAUAUUGAAAAUUUGUCUGCAGAAUCUGCAACUAUGCAAAUAGUGUAUGAACUUCCAGGUUACACAAAGUGUCACAAAGAACUGACAUUACAAGUGUCAGACCUUGAAAUGGCAUUGCCUCAGCAUCCUUAG